UAAAAGGGCCCCGAGUCCGCCGGUAGAAAGAGUGUUCCUCAAACCUGUCCCGUGGAACAGACGGCCCGUUUUCCGUUUCCUGAGCACUUGGAUCUGCAAACACAGCCAUGAAAGCAGCGUUCUUCGUCAUCCUGUCGCUGGCUCUCGCAGCAGCAGCCUUCGCUACCCUCGGCGUAGGGCUGAACCUCGGCUAUGGUGUCGCUUCCCCGUAUGGUGCAUAUGGUGCAUACAGACCAUACGGCUACAGGCCCUACGGCUACGGUGGUCAUGGUUACGGCUACAGGCCCUACGGCUACGGUGGCGUCGGUUACGGUUACAGGCCAUACGGCGUCGGCUACGGCUACCCCGGCUACGUUGGCUAGUGCACUGGCACCGCAACGCGCAGGUUUUUCCCGACGAACGCAACUUCUACAUGGCAAGUUUUAUCGGCCUCUGCACUGCAGUAAAUAAAUUUGUUUCAAACUUAG